AUGAAGGGCGCUUUUUUAGUAUCGAUUCUGCUGUUCAGUGUCGUAAGGUCGAGUAAGAUCGACAAUGAGGCAAAAACCGAAGAAGCGGUGAAACACGGGCUGAACAACAAAUGCGUAGCGCGCGAGACAUCUUCAUGCCUCGCCGUGGAACUGGUGGGCUAUAUGGACAAAAUCUUGAAGACGGCUUCGUUUCAACUGACGGAGGAUAUGAUGAUUGUAGAUGAGAGUAAUGGGGCGGCAGCGAAAACGCCGAUAAAGUCGGAAUCACUAGCCAGAGCCGGCACGUCCCUCGAAGAACAAGCACAGCAAAUCAUCACUGACAAAUUGUGGAACUUCGCCACCACAAGGUCGCUGAGGUACAGGCUCCUGAACAACGCAGACGUUGUCAUUUCUGGAAGACAAGAGAAGGACGGAAGCUUCGGCGUUGGUGUCUCCAUGAAGGCGCCAAAAGCAAUCGAGACCGGGCGGCAAAAGAAUAAGAAUAUGGCGCCAAUCCUGGCCGCUGCCGCAAUGAAAUUUGGUCUGCUCGGAGCCCUGACUUUUAAGGGCCUAUACUUGAUGGUUGGGAAGGCACUGCUCCUUUCCAAGAUCGCCCUUUUACUGGCGACUAUCGUUGGACUCAAAAAGUUGUUCUCCACUCAGGUGACCGAC